UUAACUAGCAGUAAAAUAACUCAUAAUGAGUUUUUGUGUAGAUUUAGUUUCUGAAGAUUCCUUCUAUGAAAAUAUAACAUUGGGUAUAACAAAAGUUUUAGAAUCUGAUUCAAGAAUAUCAAACGUUGCAAUUGAGCGCCGCCAACCAUGCGACCGUGUGGCCAUUUCGAAUUGGGAACAAAGGCAUUCAGCGAUAUUACCAGAAGAUUUACGUAAUUUCUAUGCUUCAUCAGAUGGGUUUGAAUUAACAUGGCAUUACAAAUAUUCAGCGGACGAAGUUUUACCCGUCGGAUCAAUACGAAUAAAUGCUUUAAAUGAUUUGUGCUUAACUCCUGCACUAAAAGAACUCUUGGAUUUUUCACUUACACGUCAGAAUACUGGCUCUCGUCCAGUGCUAAAUACUAAAAGUAAGGUUUUCGAGCUAGAUAACUGCAGAAAUAUUGGAAAGGUAUGCUUGAUAUACACGGGUGGAAGUUGGUCUAUAUGGCUCGCAACACGUGAGGGUACUUGGGGUUGGCUAGCACAUUCAAUUACACAUUAUUUCCGGAUGGCUCUCGUGCACCUCGGUCUUCCUGGCUGGCAGGCAGCAUUUGCUAAUUUGCCCCUCAUACCAUGGGCUGAGCAACUGUUUCUUUUAUUGGCGCCACACCUGUUAGAGAAAGCUGAAACAGAACACAACGCGAUUUCUGCCACUAGUGAAACUGGCUUGAACCACAUCGAUCCUAAUAUUUUUAAGACUUCAGUGCGUCAUCAUAAAAAUAAUACGCGCUCUUCAAACCAGUAAAUUUUUUUCAUGUUGAAAAUUUUUAACUGAAUAUAGCAGCUUUUAAAUUUA